UUAGUUUCAUACCAACUUAAAAACUAUAAGUUUCCUCUUUAUCUCAAACACUCAUGAGGCUUGAAAUGCAAGAAGUGAUUAUAAGCUUGUGUCUGGUACUGCUGGUUAUUACAGGAUGGAGAACACUAAACUGGGUGUGGAUAAGGCCUAAGAGGCUUGAGAAGAUUCUGAGAAAGCAAGGCUAUAGAGGAAACUCAUACAGGCUUUUAUUUGGUGACUUGAAAGAUCUUGGUGCUGCUAAACUCAGAGCUAAAACAAGUUCUAUCAGUCUCUCCCACGAUUUUCUGUUUCGUGGGGCUCCCACUGUCUAUACUGCCACUCAUAAGCAUGGGAAGAAGGCAUUUUUAUGGCUUGGACCAAAGCCACUGGUGUACAUCUCUGAACCUGAUCUAGUAAAAGAGGUGCUGAAUAAAUUUCAUGACUUCCAGAAGCCGAGGGGAGGCAAUCCUUUGUCAGCAUUGCUUGUCACUGGACUUAUAGAUGCGGAGGGUGAUAGAUGGACCAAGCACCGCAGAAUCAUCAAUCCUGCUUUCCAUCUCGAGAAGUUAAAGAAUAUGCUGCCAGCCUUUUACUUAAGCUGCAACGAUAUCAUGAAGAAAUGGGAGGAAAUGACAUCUGUAGAAGGUCAAUGUGAGGUAGAUGUAUGGCCUUAUAUCGAAACAUAUACUAGGGAUGUCAUUUCACGUACAGCAUUUGGCAGUAGCUAUACCGAAGGAUCAAAGAUAUUUGAACUCCAGAACGAACAAUCUGAGUUAGUAAUGCCACUUUCGCAAUCCGUCUACCUCCCUGGAAUGAGGUUGGUUCCCCACAUUUUUUCUGUGCUUUCAUUUUUCUUUCAGGAUACCACAAGUACAAAACCUUCUAGUGACCUUAUUUCGUACUGCAGAUUUUUGCCAACCAAAAGAAACAAAAGGAUAAAGGAGAUUCACAACGAGGUGAGCAUUGCGCUGAGGAGUAUCAUUAACAAGCGUUUGAAGGCAAUGGAAGCCGGAGAAUGUAUUCAGGGCGACUUAUUGGGUAUAUUAUUACAAUCUAAUUCUGAAGAAAUUAAAGCAAAUAAGAAUAUGAAAUCUGGAUUGAGCGUUGAUGACAUCAUCGAAGAGUGUAAGCUCUUCUAUUUGGCCGGACAAGAGACAACCUCAACUCUACUUGUUUGGACAAUGAUCUUAUUGAGUCAGCAUACAGAAUGGCAGGAGCGCGCCAGAGAAGAGGUUUUGCAGACCUUUGGAAACAGAACACCGGAUAUCGAUGGCUUAAAUCACCUCAAAAUUCUUAAUAUGAUUUUGCUUGAGACCCUAAGAUUAUACCCUGCCGGGGUAGUCCUUGGUCGAUCAAUUUCUGAAGACACAAAAUUAGGAGGUACAAUCCUUCCAGGCGGAAUACUACUACACCUGCCAUUCAUCCUAUUGCAUCAUGACAAAGAGAUUUGGGGAAAUGAUGCUAAGGAAUUCAGGCCAGAGAGAUUUUCCGAAGGCGUGCUCAAGGCAACAAAGGGGAAAGCAGUGUUUUUUCCUUUCAGCAUGGGACCUCGGGUUUGCAUUGGACAGAAUUUCGCAAUGCUGGAGUCCAAAUUGGCAAUAGCCAUGAUACUGCAACGCUUUUCGUUUGUGCUUUCGCCAUCCUAUAUUCAUGCUCCUUACACCAUUGUUACUCUUCAUCCUCAAUAUGGUGCUCCCUUGACUCUAAAAGCUUUAUAGACAAGUUUACUUGUUAUCUGGUUUGUUCAAGUCCGCUUACAUGUGGGAUUAUGUAUAAUACUUUCUUUUUCAUGAAAAACCAAUACUUCAUAAUGCAGAAUUUCUUGCUUGAGAAA